GAGAUAGUGAGAGAGAGAGAGAGGCAGCUUACGGCGGAUAAAAAUGAGCAGCAAGGUCGGCGUCGUCGGCGGCGGAGCGAGGAAAGCCAAUAAUGGAAUUCACGAUAUUCCGUCAGGGUCUAGAAAAAUAGUACAAAGCUUGAAGGAAAUUGUAAACUCUCCUGAGGCUGAGAUCUAUGCUAUGCUUAAAGAGUGCAAUAUGGAUCCUAACGAAACCGUUAAUCGCCUCCUCUCUCAAGAUCCAUUUCAUGAGGUAAAGAGCAAGAAAGAAAAGAAGAAAGAGACUAGGGAUAUAUCGGAUUCCCGGCCGCGUGGUGCUAAUAACUCGUACAACCGUGGUGCUAGAGGUGGUUCUGAUCGUUAUCCCGGACGAAGUGGAUCUACCCAUUUCAGCUCUACUGAUUCUGGAAACUUCCAGGGAAAAUCUACAAACAAGAAAGAAAGUGGAACGCAGGGUUAUACAAGUUCUUGGUCUUCUGCUUCUGGAGUGGCGAACACCUAUCAAACACCACACAGUGAACCCGUUGCUACAGAAAAUAAAUUGCCUUCUGUUCCCUCGGGAGAUGGAAUAUCAUCAUCACAGUCAGCUUCUGGACAUCAAACUGCAUGGUUUGGAGCUCCAGGCCAAAGGUCCAUGGCUGAGAUUGUGAAGAUGGGUAUACCACAGAACAAGACAACGAAGCAAAAUGUCAAUAUGCGUCCUGAGAUAAAUCAUGAGCACGAAGUUAGUGCAAAUCAGCAGGUCCCUGUUAGAGAUGAAUGGCCGUCGAUUGAGAAGCCACUGGCUCCUAGUACAUCUUCUGUACCAGUAGCACCAGCAGAAUCAGAAGUAUGCAAUGGUCCAGCUGAUUUCCAAUCCGAUAGAGGAGAUCAAUAUCUGAAGGACCGGUUAGAAAAUAUACAUAUAGCAGAAAAUGGCCCGUCUGAAAGUCGUGGAGUUGAUCAUGUGCAAGCCGACUCUGUUCAAGAAGAUGAAUCUGGAGUUUCGUCUGAAAUUGAUGAUAAUCCAUAUCAGACACAGAACCAUCCAGUAGAGCACCACAAAGAUGAAGAUGAUGUUUCAUCUGGUUCAGCCAGUUUUCAACAACUAGAUAGUCAUGAUCAAGAUGUCUCACAUGAAGAGUAUAGACCUGCUGUUGUAAUUCCAAACCAUUUGCUAAUUAAUACAGAAGAAUGCUCGCAAUUAAGUUUUGGAAGCUUUGGAGGUUUUGGAUCAAGGCCUUUGAGCAACAACGUAGUAGAGACUUCUGAUGUAGAUCCACAGAUUGAACAUUCAGAUGCAAGAAAUACUGAGUUUUAUGGAGAUGAACAUCUUGGAAGUACAACCAAUGGAAAUAUGGUCCACGCACCUGCUACUGGAAAUUAUGAUGAUUCUUUAGAAUCGAGGCGAGAGGUGUUGAAGCAAGAAAACUCUGAGGGCGAUCAGGAGCACCAGUACACAUUUUCCCAGUCUGAGCAAGGUUAUGUGUAUGAAAAUGCUAAGCAGCAGGAGAUGAAUACUGCAUAUGAUGCUUCACACACAAAUGCACAGAAUCAGAUGCAUAAUCUUGCUUCAUUAUCAAAUGUGAUGGGGUAUUCACACUCAGUUCCCAACACUUUAUUGGCACAAACAGCACAAAAUGCGAGGGAACUUGACUUCCAGUUUUUACCUUUCUCAGCUCAACAGUCUAUGCAAUCAAAAACUAGCAACAAUGCCUCAUCACUUGGUGGCCAAAGCAUUUCAAUGCCAGAGGCGCUCCGAGGCAGUGGAAUUUCGGCAACACAGCCAACCCAGCAAACAUUACCUGGUGCUAAUAUCGCUACUGGACCUGCUCUUCCUCAGCAGCUUCCAAUGCAUUACUCUCAACCCACAUUGCCUCUAACACACUAUGCAAACAUGAUCGGUUAUCCUCUAAUGCCUCAGAAUUAUCCAUACAUGCCAUCUGCUUUCCAGCAAACAUUUGCUGGUAACAACGCAUACCACCAGCAACUAGCUGCAUUGCUUCCGCAGUAUAAAACGAAUGUUUCUCCCGGUAAUUUGCCUCAGUCUGCAACAGCGCCUGCCUCUGCUUAUGGAUUUGGAAACUCGACCAAUGUUGGAUCUGCCGGAAACUUCCCUCUUAACCAACAGUCUGCUCCUACUGGUACAACGCUUGGAUAUGAAGAUGUUCUUAGUUCUCAAUACAAAGAGAAUCAUCUGUUGGCACUUCAGCAGCAGCAACAACAGCAGCAGCAACAGCAACAGAACGAAAACUCGGCGAUGUGGCAUCAUGGUCAUGGUUCCAGAACCAUGUCAGGUGUCCCGACUAACACGUAUUACAACCUCCAAGCACAACAACAACUACAACAACAGCAACAACAACAGGCUCAGCAAGCUGCGGGAGGGUAUCGCCAAGCUCAGCAACAACAGCAUUACGGAUCUCAUGGCUACCCAAAUUAUUAUCAGUCCCAAACGGAAAUGUCACUGGAGCGCCAGCAGCAAAACCAUAGGGAUGGUGGUUCUGGGUCUCAGGCUGGUCAACCGUCGAAUCAAACCCAGCAGCAGCUCUGGCAAAAUUACUAAAUAAAGAAAGAGAGUGGUUUUUUUUCAGCUUCUUUCUUUCUGGUUAUAGAGGUUUGUGUGGGCGAGUCUGAAGAAGAACUAUGGAUCUGCUUUAAAUGUAACUUAUCAUCAUCUUUUCUCUCCUCUGUUAACUUAGGGAACACCCAACUCUGAUUUCAUCAAUGCAUCUUAAGAAAUGAAACCUUUUUUU